AGGGUGCAACAAGUUAUAUGUUUAUGGUGGAUAAAGAUAAUUUUGUCCAUUAAUGGCCAGCAAGACGAAUACUAGUAGUGUGAGAUUUUCACUAACAAUCUCAAUCUUCCUUUUUCUCUUCAUCGGAGCUAUCUUCUACACACGCUUUCUCCGUUCUUCCUUCGACAUUAAUUCCAUUCUCACUGAUACAACCGUAGCCAACUCAAAACAGCCCCAAAAGAAGCUGGAAAUCCAACUGAAUUGUACACUUGGGAACCUCACAAAGACUUGUCCUGCUUCUUACUACCCAUCAAAGUUCACUCAUCAAAAUCGAUCCUCUUUAUCAACUCUUCCGCCUACAUGUCCAGAUUACUUCCGCUGGAUCUACGAUGAUCUACGGCCUUGGGGAAAAACAGGAAUCACCGAGGAAAUGCUGAUACGAGCCACAAGUAAUGCAGAAUUCCGGUUGGUGAUAGUGAAUGGGAGAGCAUAUGUUGAAACCUACAGGAAGUCAUUUCAAAGCCGAGACACAUUUACAUUAUGGGGCAUUUUACAAAUGUUAAGGAGGUACCCCGGUAAAGUGCCCAACUUGGACAUUAUAUUCAACUGUGGUGACCCAACAGUUGUUCAGACCGAAUUCUAUCAACGUCCUAAGGCCCCUGCUCCUCCACCUGUGUUUCAUUACUGUUCAAAUGACUCGAGUUUGGAUAUUGCUUUUCCAGAUUGGUCAUUCUGGGGAUGGACUGAGAUUAAUAUAAGGCCUUGGGAGACAAUGUCAAAGAAGUUAAAGAAAGCGAAUGAGAAGAAAAAAUGGACGGAUAGAGAACGGUAUGCCUACUGGAAGGGCAAUCUAUAUGUUGCUUUAAGCAGGAAGGAUCUGCGGAAGUGCAAUGCUUCAGAAAAACAGGACACGGGUGCACGUAUUUAUGGCCAGGACUGGAGUCAAGAACUGAAGCAUGGCUUCAAGCAUUCAGAUUUAGCUAGUCAAUGCAUCCACAGAUACAAGAUUUAUGUAGAAGGACAGACAUGGUCCGUGAGUGAAAAAUACAUUUUGGCCUGUGAUUCUGUUACGUUACUUAUAAAACCCCAAUACUACGAUUUUUAUAGUAGAGGUUUGAUGCCGAUGAAGCAUUACUGGCCCAUAAAAGAUAAUGACAAAUGCCGAUCUAUCAAGCAUGCUGUUGACUGGGGGAAUACUCAUGAACAAGAGGCUCAGGCGAUCGGAAGGACAGCAAACGACUUCAUUCAAGAACAACUCAAAAUGGAUUAUGUAUACGACUACAUGUUCCAUCUCCUGAAUGAGUACUCAAAGCUCUUGAAAUACAAGCCCACUAUACCUGAAAAUGCAAUUGAGCUUUGUUCAGAGGCAAUGGCAUGCCCAGCUGAAGGAAUCACAAAGAAAUUCAUGUUAGAAUCUAUGGUUGAAGUCCCCUCGGACGCGAUACCUUGCAGCAUGCCACCCCCCUUUAGUCCUGCAGAAGUUCACUCUAUUCUUGAUACAAAAGAAAAUUCAAUCAAACAAGUUGACUCAUGGGAACAAAAGUACUGGAAGAACAAAAACGAGUUAUGAAUUCAUUUACUUGUUUUUGAACCAAUAAACUAUAAUGUAUAAAUUUUAAUUUCGCCUUUGAAGUUGACUAGUGACUACAAUGUACUAUGUGGCAGACAAAGUUAUUGGUGAUUAGAGACGAAGUCAGGAUUUAAAA